AUGUCGGCUUACGGCAAUGAUAGCCAUAGGGCAAGUCAAGUCGCCAGGGGACUCUUCCGAUACGAACCAAGCUGCAUAACGACCAGAGCAACAGAGCUUGUUACUGUGACUGCAGGAGUCACGGAACGAGACAGCGCGCGUCGCUUGAGCGCACUCACGGCAAAUCCGAACGGCAUCGACUAUCAGAUCUGA